AACUGACAAGGACAAUAAUUUUAUCAUAUUGUUUUGCGGUUUAGUGGUUAGUUUCAGAAAUCCUAUUGCAUUCACGAGAAAACGUAUCGUAAUUCGUAAUUUAAUAAAAUUUAUGAAAUUCAGCAGUUCGUAGAAUCACUUGGUGCCAGUUUAUGUUAAUUUCUUACAAUAUAAAGGCAGGAAAAUUACUUUCAUUGUGUGGCUGAUAUUACACAGUUUCGUCCAAGUUAAAUAGAAUAUUAAAUAAAUAAUGGAAGAUCUAACGAACGUGUACCUCUCUCCUCUGCCGGAUUCUCCGUACGUGAAGCCCUUUCGGUUUAAUUACACGCAGAAUGGCAUGGAAAAGACUUGGGACCUCCUGGAGGUUCAUGACAGUGUAGCAAUUAUAGUUUUCAAUGUAUCCAGGAAUGUUAUGGUGUUCGUGAAGCAAUUUCGACCUGCAAUUUACUACAACCGCAUCCUUCCUCAAGACAGACUACAGAAACUGAUAGACACGACUAAAUACCCCGCAGCACUGGGAAUAGCUCUAGAGAUGUGCGCAGGCAUCAUAGACAAGGACAAGCCGGUAGAGGAAAUAGCUAAAGAAGAGGUGCUGGAGGAGUGUGGGUAUGAUGUACCUCUGGAGAAAUUACAGAGGAUUACAUCUUAUAGGGCUGGAGUGGGGGUACAAGGUGCCUUACAGACACUGUUCUACUGUGAAGUAACUGAUGACAUGCUAACUGAGCAAGGUGGCGGCGUAGACGACGAAAUAAUAGAGGUGGUAGAGAAAUCGAUUCCCGAAGUGGAGGAGAUGGUGAGCUCUAGCGGCCCCAUCCCUAGUCCGCCCAGCUGUCUGUUCGCGCUCAUGUGGUUCCUGCACUACAAGGCCGACAAGUUCCGGAAGUAAACACUAUACCUAUAAAAAAAUCUUCGAUCAAUAAUGCACUAUAUAAUGUACCUAUGUCUCUAUCCACGGAGAGAAGUUAGUAUUACGUACGUUACGUAUAGUCUGUUCACUAACAUAGUUUCGCUAUAAAAGAUAA